ACCCUCUUCCUUCUCUUAUAUCAUUUAAUUUUUACAUAUUAACCAAAGUGUAAAAGUCACACUUUGCUGAACUCCUCCCUUUUUCUUUUCUUUGAUUAACAUUUGUGAAAAACACAUCAGGUCAGUGUCACAACAGCUGAGAAGUGUUUGCAAAACUGUCUUUUCUAACCCAACCCAACUCUGUCAAAAAUAUUAAACCAGACUAUAAUUUCUAUUAAUUGAGGAGGAUUGAGCUUUACACCUGACUAUAUGGCACGUGAACAAAAGAUAGAUGCUACACAGCAAAUCUCUGGAGUUAAAUAUUCUGGAGUUAGGCAUAAAAGUGCGCAAGAGUUACAUUCCAGGAGUUUAUUUUUCACCUUAUACUACAGUCAGUGUUGGGGAGUACUCUCAAGCGGUGUAAUAUUUAGGUGUUCAUUCACUGAGUGCUAAGGAGUCUAAUUCAACACGUUGCUGGUGUUGUUUGUCUGUCGACCGUUACCCUGCCUAUCUGUGCUUGUUUCUUGGACACCGACAUGUAGGAGGUGGCCAAGAUGUUGAUAAAAGUAAAACACAGAGAGAUAAAGAAAUAUGUCAAAUUGGAAGAAGUCAGCUUCACAGAUUUUAUGAGUGCAGUGCAGCAGAAGUUUCUCAUACCAGAAACUGCAGCACUGAAAGUCACGGAUGAGCAGGGUAUAGAGGUGGAUGAGGAUGUCUUUCCUGAACUUGCAGGAGUCAAAGAGGUGUGUUUUGUCAUCUAUACAGCUGAAGACAUCCUGGAAACAGAAUCAUCCAAGAAGCUGCGUGACUGCUCAGACCUAACACACUAUGUGACACUCACACCUUGUGAUUUGACUGUCCUGAAGCAACAUGUGGAAGAGCCCUCCUCUCCAAGUCUAACAGAUACAUUGUCUGUCUCAACCACCAGCAGUCAGGGCAGUGACACAAGUGAUUCCGGACUGGUUCAGCCUCUAUUGGAGAGCAUACAUGCAAGAAAUACAGUGGAGCAGAUUCUGACUUCCAAACCAGCAGGGGUGACUGUCAUCCAUGAGUAUGAAAAAACUGGGAGUUUGAAAGAUUCCACCAGGCGAUUAAUGGUGAACAUCAUUGUAGCUCACAUGCGUGAAAAAGAAGGGAGAACUGUAAGUAAAGCAACAAAGGAGUUUCAUGCGCUUGGAAUCGUGUCACUCUUCCCAUCUUUGAAGGAUCCGUACUCCAAAAAGGGAUAUGAGCAUUUCUAUGACAUUCAGAGCAACAAAGGUUUUCUUGAGUGGCGUAUCAAGACUGUGCAACGUCAAUCCAAAACCCCCACUGCAUCACAGAACAGAGUGGAACUGAAAGGAGGGCCCACAUCACGAAGAACGUUUGGUUUAACUAAUGACCAGCAAACAAGAGAUCAAUGUAUGGAAGCCAUGUCUCUUCUUCAUCACACCACUGACCAAGAUAUAGUCUUCCAGAAGAUGAGAGAGACAUUCUACUAUCGUCAGCAGAUACUGCAUGACCCACAAGAAUCAGCAAACAUUCUUCAGAUGUUUCCUCGUUUUUUGGACACUAAAGGAUUGAUUUUGCAGGACUUUGCAAUGAUGUUUGGAGUAGAGACGGCUUCCAGGUUCCUGGAAAAAUGGAACACCACUUUUAAAGACAAGGUUGCCAGGGAAGCCAGAGACCUUAAAGAGACUUGUCUUCUGAAAAGAUUGCUGAAAUCUGCCUUGAACCAAGAAAUGGAUGAUGCUGAUGAGCCAGAGUGGGACAGCGACAUGGCUUCUCUUCUUGUUCUGCUGCACCUUCUCACACCACAACCAGCUGGAAGGAAACGGCCAAAGAAGAUGAGUGUUGGAGAGGCAAUAGAUCAUCUGGUUAAAUUUCACAAGUCCUGCCAGAGCCUUGAGGAUCACCUCAUGAACAAUGAAGGAAACCCUCAGCCAUAUCUCCUGGCCACAGGGACUUCAAAAGCACAGGUUUUCAGCUUCUACAUAGUCUUGGAUCGAAAGCUUCUUCCAUGUCAGUCAUGUACAUCACUGGGUGCAUUUGAUGAGCUGUUCAAGUGUCACUUCGUUUUCAGUGUGAAAUAUGAAGACGCUCUGUCCAGCCUGUACACAUUUUUGCAGACCACUGUGUACAAUAUUGAUGUAGGCACAACGGUGGAAAGUCCAAGAGUCAAAGAGUUGCGAGCAAAGCUGUUGAAUAAGUAGUAACCAGGUUAUGUAUUCAAAAUGCUGACCUGUUUUCUCUGUGCUUUAUCCUUUGGUACAGCUUUACUUUUGUUCAGACAUUUAAAACUAGUUCAUGGAAUGUAUCCUGGCAAAAAUUUGAAACUAAAAUGUGGUCAGAUAGGAUGUUGUUUACAAUUCUCAAGUUAUUCUGGAUUUAGAAGACAUCUGGAUAAGAUACAUGCUACUGUUAGCACAUGUGUUCCUCAUGAGACCCCUUCUGACCAUGAUACCUGAAUAUAUAUAUAGAAUGUCACACAAUGUCUCAACUGUUUAGCUGCCAUAAUUGUUGCUGUUUUAAUGUUGAAUGUUACAGUGCUGUUACA